AUGUCUGCAGUGCCUUGUCAUGAUUUGAUUGUGUUUCUCUUCGCCCACUACAAGGGCUUGCUGGCAGGCUUGCCGGAAGCUCUGACAGGAGGGGCAGCACAGAAGCCUCCGGGAAAGGAGGGAAGGCGAGAAACGGAGGCUCUACCAGGCAGGUCCAGUGACUGCUCUCCCGCUGCAGUGGGGUGGCUGGACGCCCUCGACGGGCAGCGUCACAUGUCCUUGCUCGUUCUUCUGUCUGUGCACACGAGGGCAAACUUCCUUGAUAACAUGCUUCUGCGAAGUUCAGGAAAAUUAAAUGUGGGCACCAAGAAAGAGGAUGGUGAGAGUACAGCCCCCACCCCUCGUCCAAAGAUCUUGCGAUGUAAAUGCCACCACCACUGUCCAGAAGACUCGGUCAACAAUAUUUGCAGCACAGAUGGAUAUUGUUUCACGAUGAUAGAAGAAGAUGACUCUGGGAUGCCUGUGGUCACUUCUGGAUGUCUGGGACUAGAAGGCUCAGAUUUUCAGUGUCGGGACACUCCCAUUCCUCAUCAGAGAAGAUCCAUUGAAUGCUGCACAGAACGGAAUGAAUGUAAUAAAGAUCUACAUCCCACGCUUCCUCCGCUGAAAAGCAGAGAUUUUGUUGACGGACCUAUACACCACAAAGCCUUACUUAUAUCUGUGACUGUGUGUAGUUUGCUCUUGGUCCUCGUCAUUUUAUUCUGUUACUUCAGGUAUAAAAGACAAGAAGCUAGACCUCGGUACAGCAUUGGGUUAGAACAGGAUGAAACUUACAUUCCUCCGGGAGAAUCCCUGAGAGACUUAAUUGAGCAGUCGCAGAGCUCGGGGAGCGGAUCAGGCCUCCCUCUGCUGGUCCAGAGGACGAUAGCAAAGCAAAUUCAGAUGGUGAAACAGAUCGGAAAAGGUCGCUAUGGGGAAGUUUGGAUGGGAAAGUGGCGUGGCGAAAAGGUAGCUGUGAAAGUGUUCUUCACGACAGAGGAGGCCAGCUGGUUCCGAGAGACAGAAAUAUAUCAGACGGUGUUGAUGAGGCAUGAAAACAUCUUGGGCUUCAUUGCUGCAGAUAUCAAAGGGACGGGGUCCUGGACACAAUUAUACCUAAUCACAGAUUAUCAUGAGAACGGUUCCCUCUAUGAUUACCUGAAGUCCACCACCCUAGACACUAAGUCGAUGUUGAAGCUAGCCUAUUCCUCAGUCAGUGGCCUGUGUCACUUACAUACUGAAAUCUUUAGUACUCAAGGCAAACCAGCAAUUGCCCAUCGAGAUCUGAAAAGUAAGAACAUCCUGGUGAAGAAAAAUGGAACUUGCUGUAUAGCUGACCUGGGCUUGGCUGUUAAGUUUAUUAGUGACACGAAUGAAGUUGACAUACCACCCAACACUCGAGUCGGCACCAAGCGCUACAUGCCUCCAGAAGUGCUGGACGAGAGCUUGAACAGAAAUCACUUUCAGUCUUACAUCAUGGCGGACAUGUACAGUUUUGGACUCAUCCUUUGGGAGGUCGCUAGGAGAUGUGUAUCAGGAGGUAUAGUGGAAGAAUAUCAGCUCCCCUAUCAUGACCUGGUGCCCAGCGACCCCUCUUACGAGGACAUGAGAGAGACUGUGUGUAUCAAGAAGCUGCGGCCCUCCUUCCCCAACCGGUGGAGCAGCGACGAGUGUCUCAGGCAGAUGGGGAAACUCAUGACGGAAUGCUGGGCUCACAAUCCUGCCUCAAGACUGACAGCCCUACGGGUUAAGAAAACACUUGCCAAAAUGUCAGAGUCCCAGGACAUUAAGCUCUGA